AAAAGCAAUUUUAACAAAAAAAGACAAACUAGAACACCUUGGAUUAUAUUUCCUGCAUUUGGUGUUUGGAUCAUAUUUCUAAAGUAAUAUUUAUCAUCGGGAUAUAUUUUUUUAUAAACUACAAGAAUGGCCUUUUGGGCAACUGUGGCCACUCGUGCCACCUCUGCAACUCCCAAAGUAAUGCCUGCUUUGACACCAAGCCAAAAACAAUUUCUACAUGAUGAGCUACGAUAUCGUGAAAAAUUAAAUUUUCUAGCCGACAAUGAUGAUGCCAAUCUCUCGGAUUAUUAUGUACGCAAAGAGGAGCCGGUCGAUGAUCCUGUGCUGCUGGAUAAGCAUGACUCUUUUUAUCAUACCACCAAAAGUUUAUUGGUGCUAUUUCAAAUAAUGGGUGUCAUGCCCAUACAUCGUAAUCCCCAAAAGCCAAAUUUACCACGCACCGGUUAUUCUUGGACCUCCAAACAGGUUUUGUGGGCCAUGUUUGUCUAUGUCAUACAGACCACGGUGGUGAUUUUUGUUUUGCAAGAGCGUGUCAACAAUUUUGUAACCAAUUCGGAUAAGCGCUUCGAUGAGGCUAUUUAUAAUGUGAUAUUCAUUAGUCUGCUGUUUACAAAUUUUUUGUUGCCGGUGGCCAGCUGGAGGCAUGGUCCUCAAGUGGCCAUUUUUAAAAAUAUGUGGACCAAUUAUCAACUGAAGUUCUUGAAAGUGACUGGAACGCCUAUUGUUUUUCCCAACUUGUAUCCAUUGACUUGGGGUUUAUGCAUCUUCUCGUGGGCCUUGAGCAUUUUGAUAAAUCUAUCGCAGUACUUUCUACAACCGGAUUUUGAAUUUUGGUAUACCUUUGCCUACUAUCCGCUGAUUGCAAUGUUGAAUUGUUUUUGCAGUUUGUGGUAUAUCAAUUGCAAUGCCUUUGGCACUGCCAGCAAAGCCCUAUCCGAUUCUCUGCAAAUCACUUUGCGUAGUGAGAAGCCUGCUCAAAAGUUAACCGAAUAUCGUUAUCUAUGGGUGGAUUUAAGUCACAUGAUGCAGCAAUUGGGACGUGCCUAUUCCAAUAUGUAUGGAAUGUAUUGUUUGGUGGUGUUCUUCACCACCAUUAUUGCCACCUAUGGCUCGUUCAGUGAGAUUAUCGAUCAUGGUGCCACCUACAAGGAAGUGGGACUCUUUGUUAUCGUUUUCUAUUGCAUGAGUUUGCUGUACAUCAUUUGUAAUGAGGCCCAUUAUGCUUCGCAAAAAGUGGGCUUGGACUUUCAAACUCAACUUUUAAAUGUCAAUCUAACAGCAGUGGAUACUCCCACCCAGAAGGAAGUGGAAAUGUUUUUGAUGGCCAUUUCGAAAAAUCCACCCAUUAUGAAUUUGGAUGGUUAUGCCAAUAUCAAUAGGGAGCUGAUAACAUCGAAUGUCUCGUUCAUGGCAACCUAUCUUGUCGUACUGUUGCAAUUCAAAAUCACCGAACAGAGAGGUCUACGAUCACAGCAGGCGGCCUUGUAAAUGACUUUUUUGGUAUAAAUGAAGGCGACCCAACUAACCCCUACGGCUGAAAACAAACAAUAAUUUUUAUUAUAUACCAAAAAUAAUCAAAAUAUACGUAAAUGUCUUACAACUGCA